UGACGCUUGGUGAUGCAACCACAGGAGGAGGGACACAUAUCUGAGACCGAUGCUGCCUUUAGAAGUUGUGGGCUCAGUGAACUGUUCAGAGACCACAAAUGGACACUAACCGGGCCUUAAUCAGUCCCUCAAGUUGGAAUAUCUAAGAGAAUCACGGACCGAGCUGUAAAUGUGUCUGCAUCAGAGAGCUCAGAAUGAAGAAGUCUGUUCGGCCGGCGGCGAAUAAGGUCGGCGGAGAUCGGGGGAAGUCGGAGGCUGCUGGCACCGGAAAGGCUUCAGCUAAAAACAUCACCGCUGCUCCUCUGUCCAAGGUGAAAAGCAAUGACGAUCUUUUAGCAGCUAUGGCUGGAGGGAACCCUGCAUCAAGUAUUACUGUCACUAAGACCAAGAAGACUGCUUCUGCGGGGAGUGCUGGAAACACAGAAAACAAGCCAAAGACAGCAUCAGGUUCUCUGUCCAAGCGUACAACAUCAACAUCCUCCAAAGAACCAAACUCGUCUCGAGACCGCCUUCGGACAUCGAGGACUGCAGCUGCUAAAAAGCAGCUGGGAUCAGGAAUCGGAGCAGGAGAUGUGGCCUCAGGAAAGCGCUCCCGGACUCAGAUCCUGGCGGAGUCGGAGGGCCGGAUGAGCAAGUCUAAAUCAGAUGGUCAGAUCARCGAUAAGGUGGCUCUGGAGGCUAAAGUCAAAGACUUGCUUGGUUUGGCAAAGAGCAAAGAUGUGGAGAUCCUUCACCUCCGCAGUGAGCUGAGGGACAUGAGGGCCCAGCUCGGCCUCGAGGGUAAAGACGCAUCCUCGCAGGAAGACGUUGAAGAGGUGGAGAAGCCCCAGGUUUCAGCCAUCACAGCAGCUGAUGUAGAGUCCACCCUGAUUCUCCUACAAGAACAGAACCAGGCCAUCAGAGAGGAGCUCAACCUGCUCAAGAGUGAGAAYCGCAUGCUGAAAGACCGGCUCAACGCUCUGGGCUUCUCUCUGGAGCAGAGGCUGGAYGGAUCAGACAAGCUGUUCAGCUACCCUUCUCUGAGCCCAGACCUGGCAACCAGCAGCGCACACAGCGACGGUGGCUGCACAGGUACGCUGACAUCAUCGGUAGAAGGCUCCGCCCCCGGCUCUCUAGAGGAUCUGCUCACAGGACACCAGCACGGCGGCUCGGCAGACAACCUGGACAGUGAAUCCAGCGAGGUCUACCAAGCCGUCACCUCUAGUGAUGACGCCCUGGAUGCCCCCUCGGGAGCUUCCUCCUCCUCUGAGUCGGAGUGUGCUCCGAGCACCGAGCGCUCCAGGAGGGGCAGCGGCGGCAAUGCCAGCGAGGUGUCRGUGGCUUGUCUGACGGAGCGCAUCCACCAGAUGGAGGAAAACCAGCACAGCACGGCUGAGGAGCUUCAGGCCACGCUGCAGGAGCUGGCAGACCUGCAGCAGAUCACCCAAGAGCUGAAUGGAGAGAACGAGCGGCUUGGCGARGAGAAGGUCAUCCUCAUGGACUCCUUGUGCCAGCAGAGCGACAAGCUGGAGCUGUACGGCCGACAGAUUGAGUACUUGCGCUCCUUGCUGGAAGAACAUCAUAUAUCCUAUGUCCUGGAAGAGGACAUCAAAAGCGGUCGAUAUCUGGAGCUGGAGCAGCGUUACGCAGACCUGGCAGAUAACGCUCGCUUUGAGAGGGAGCAGCUGCUGGGCGUGCAGCAGCACCUGUCCAACACGCUGAAGAUGGCCGAGCAGGACAAYGCCGAAGCCCAAGAGAUGAUCGGAGCUCUGAAGGAGAGGAACCACCAGAUGGAGCGCAUCCUGGAGUCGGAGAGACAGGACCGUGCCGCCUUGGCGGCUGCGCUGGAGGAGUACAAGGUGGCGGUGAGCAGCGACCAGGCCGAGCUGAACCGCUGCAGAGCCCAGCUGGACCAGGAGAGGCAGAGGGUGGCCGAGCUGUACUCUCUUCACACCGCGGGAGACAAGAAUGACAUCUGCCAGCUGCUGGAGGGGGUGCGGCUGGGCAAGGAGGAGGCUGAAGCCAAAGCUGCAAAACUGCAGGAGGAGCUAGAACAAGUGCAUAUAGAGCUUAACCAGCUGCAGGAGACCUUCAGCAAGCUGAACAGGGAGUACAGAGACUUCCAGGACCAGGCGCAGCAGAGGAUCGCGGAGCAGGAGCGCGCUCUGGAAAAGCAGACAUUGGAGCUGCAGGAGAAAGACACUGAGAUCGCAGACAUGAAGGAAACCAUCUUUGAGCUGGAGGAUGAAGUGGAGCAGCACCGAGCUCUUAAACUCCAUGACAACCUCAUCAUCUCAGACCUUGAGAAUUCUGUGAAAAAGCUGCAAGAUCAGAAGCACGACAUGGAAAAAGAGAUUAAAACUCUUCAUCGCAGACUGAGGGAGGAGUCAAUGGAGUGGCGCCAGUUCCAGGCCGAUCUGCAGACCGCUGUUGUCAUCGCUAAUGACAUCAAGUCAGAGGCACAGGAAGAAAUAGGAGAUCUGCGGCGCCGUCUGCAGGAAGCCCAGGAGAAGAACGUGAAGCUGAACAAGGAGCUGGACGAGGUCAAGAGCCGCAAGCAAGAAGAGGAAAGAGGCAGAGUGUACAACUACAUGAAUGCAGUGGAACGGGACCUGGCUGCUCUCAGACAGGGGAUGGGGCUCAGCCGGAGAUCCUCCACCUCUUCAGAACCCUCCCCCACCGUGAAAACACUCAUCAAGAGCUUCGACAGCGCCUCACAAGGUCCACCUACCAAUGGUGCGUCUGUGGCCCCAACAGUCUCAGCUCCCCCCUUACCUCGGACCCCCCUCAGCCCCAGUCCCAUGAAGACUCCCCCAGCUGCUGCUGUCUCACCCAUACAGAGACACACUGUACCCGGCUCCAUAUCRGCUACCAAACCGCUCUCAUCCUUGAGUGAYAAGAGGCCCAGCUACACAGAUAUAACCAUGCCAGCCGAGCACCUCCUCAGGGGAACCUCAACCAGCCGACCCCCUCCUGCCCUCCAGAGGGUCUCCAACAUUGACUCCACUAAGGCGAUUUCAGCAGUGUCACGCAGAAGCAGCGAGGACAUCAAGAGGGACAUGUCUGCUUCAGACGGAGCCUCCUCAACCUCCCUGAUGGCCAUGAGUGCAGCUUCCUCUCCACUGUCCUUAUCCUCCUCCUCCCCCACUGCCUCCAUCACCCCCACAACCCGCAGUCGUCUAAGAGAGGAAAGAAAAGACCCCCUGUCAGCACUGGCCAGGGAAUAUGGAGGCUCCAAGAGAAACGCUCUGUUGAAAUGGUGCCAGAARAAGACUGAGGGCUACCCGAACAUCGACAUCACCAACUUCAGCAGCAGCUGGAACGACGGGCUGGCCUUCUGUGCCCUGCUGCACACCUACCUGCCUGCACACAUCCCCUACCAGGAGCUCACCAGCCAGGACAAGAGGAGAAACUUCACCUUAGCRUUCCAGGCUGCCGAGAGCGUCGGCAUCAAAUGUACAUUGGACAUUAAUGAGAUGGUGCACACCGAGAGGCCGGACUGGCAGAGCGUCAUGACRUACGUCACCGCCAUCUACAAAUACUUCGAGACUUGACUUCUGACUUCAACCCUUUUCCACCCCACAAUGCACCUGCAGCUCAGUCGGAGCCACAUCGACCCGUCUGUUAUACCUCACUGACCCCCCUUUCACAGCAGCACCCGGUCACUCUGCACGUCUCAGUCAACAGAUCCGAGGCUCGCCUGCUUCCUGUUAGACCAGUAAGCCAUGAGAAGUGACUCCAGUCCACUAAUGUUCAGGAAAAUGCCACGGCUCGUGUUUGCGCUCAAGAAGCCGCUGCAUAAGGAAGAAACCAAGUCUGAGUGCCUUUUUCUGGCUGCUGGCCAAUAUUUCUCCACAGUUCAUGUUGUUUCCAGGAUGUUUCUGAACGUCCAGUCCAACUUGAAUCAUGUUUUGGAGGAGAAAGAUUCAAAAACUGACUUUUUUUUUUAUAAAUAUAGUGAAAAAGCAAACAGUAGUAGUGUUGGAAGUGCCCCAUCACUCUAAAAGCUUUCCUUUCAGAAAGUUACGUCCUUUUUGCACCAAGUCUUCCCGAUGUUACAGGAUGACCCAGAUGCCAGUCUUUAAAGGAUAAAGUGCCUGUGUGAGCUCCAUGACUGCAGUCUGUGAACCUGACAGACCAUACAAGUUGCCAAAUAAGCUUCAAAGACUUCUGGUUUUAUUAUAACCAGAAAAAAAAUAAUAAUAAUCCUGAUGCUUUACAAGCACAAAGCAUGCUAAGUUCAACAUGUCUGUUUCACACAGCUGGUUAACCACUAACACUUUUUGUAAUUAAUUAUUUAGUUUUAGUACUCAGUAUUUAUGCUCUGAAUUAAUUAAUGCUGUUUGCGUUCACCACCUGUCAUUCUGCACACAGAGCUGGCAGCAUCACUUCACCAUUACUCAGACAUGAAGAAACAAAAAGCAGGUUUCAGUUCGUCAUUGCAGAUCUCAGGUGUCAGAUAUGUCUCGCCCACAGAUCUCAAACAGGAAAUCCUGCACCAGCUUCAAGAAGGCAACAGACAAAUCAAAGGCUCCCACACAUCCCUUCCAGGUCAUUGAUGUUUGAAGUGCAGUUAUUGUUUGACGUUCUGGAUGACGCCUUUUUAUUUAAAUCUGUUUUUCUUGCCUCGA